AAGAAAAUGAAAUAUCAACUCAGUCGUAAAACAAAGUGGGCAAAACCGCAAAAGCCGUACCCACCGACGCUGCUCCACCAAACAAGGCCUAAGGGUUACUUGAGGGACUGAAAAGGAAAUCCAGGUAAUUAAUUAAUUAUUUAAUUAAAAAAGGAAAAGAAAAAAAGCGUGCCUAGUUAUAGUUAUGUGUAGUUGGCGCGUAUAUAAAUUAGGAUGAUGACGAGCGGUGACCAACGCCAUCGUAACAGCUCAGAGACUGGACCGUUGGGUUGUUCUUCGAGACCCACUCUGACUCGCUGGGUUGACUCGCUCGAGUUUGGGGGUUUCUUUUUUCGCCCACGGACGAAUCACAAUUCUCUCUCAGUUACCAUCUUUGGUUGCAUUCGUGUCACACUCCUUCUAACACCCGUCAGCUCAGGAAAAGUAAAGGGCAUAUUACAAUGAAGGCACUGAUUCUGGUUGGAGGGUUUGGAACUAGGUUGAGGCCAUUGACACUCAGUGUUCCUAAGCCUCUUGUUGAUUUUGCAAACAAGCCCAUGAUUCUGCAUCAGAUAGAGGCUCUUAAGGCCAUUGGAGUUAGUGAAGUGGUACUAGCUAUCAAUUACCAACCCGAGGUGAUGUUGAAUUUCUUGAAGGAUUUUGAGGCAAAGCUUGGCAUCAAAAUUACUUGUUCUCAAGAAACUGAGCCAUUGGGGACUGCAGGUCCCUUAGCUCUUGCCAGGGAUAAGCUGAUAGAUGACUCUGGGGAGCCAUUUUUUGUUCUGAACAGUGAUGUUAUUAGUGAGUACCCACUGAAAGAAAUGAUUGAAUUCCACAAAGCCCAUGGAGGAGAGGCUUCCAUAAUGGUGACAAAGGUUGAUGAGCCAUCAAAAUAUGGCGUCGUUGUGAUGGAGGAGACUACUGGGCAGGUUGAGAAAUUUGUGGAGAAACCGAAGUUAUUUGUUGGUAACAAAAUUAAUGCUGGAAUCUACCUAUUGAACCCCUCAGUUUUGGAUCGAAUUGAACUAAGGCCCACUUCCAUUGAGAAAGAGGUAUUUCCAAAGAUUGCAGCCGAGAAAAAGCUAUAUGCAAUGGUCCUGCCAGGAUUCUGGAUGGACAUUGGACAACCAAGGGACUAUAUUUCUGGCCUGAGACUAUACCUUGACUCACUGAGGAAAAAGACUCCUUCUAAGCUGGCCAGUGGCGCUCACGUUGUGGGGAAUGUCAUUGUGCAUGAGACAGCCAAAAUUGGUGAGGGAUGUCUCAUUGGGCCAGAUGUCGCAAUCGGUCCUGGCUGUAUUGUUGAGUCAGGUGUCAGGCUUUCCCGCUGCACUGUUAUGCGAGGAGUUCGGAUUAAAAAGCAUGCUUGCAUAUCCAGCAGCAUCAUUGGGUGGCAUUCUACUGUUGGGCAAUGGGCUCGUGUGGAGAAUAUGACCAUCCUUGGAGAAGAUGUCCAUGUUUGUGAUGAAGUUUACAGCAAUGGUGGUGUAGUUUUGCCCCACAAGGAGAUCAAGUCAAGCAUUCUGAAGCCAGAGAUAGUCAUGUGAUGUUAUUGUCUUCUAAAUUCUUAGCAUGUAAUUAUGAGAUAGUGAGGUCUUAAGUCUGAAAUAUGUUUUCUCCCUUUCAUAUGUCCCUUUUUUUUAACAUCUCAAUCUGUUUCUCUUGCCUACGUAUUGUACAAGUCGGUUUCUUUUAGAAUGAGUGAUGUCAUAAUUUACUACGUGAAAGGUCAGUGUCUUUGUAAAGGGUAUAAAUUUGGUCUACUGUGCCUAAGUUGUGUAAUAUUCGGUGUUAUGUAUAGAAAUAAAUUAUUAUGUUAU